GGUCAAAGGUCACCAUGUCCAUGGCGUACGUGAAGAUUCUGAAUUAGUCUUUGUCGGUCGGAGCUGAGAAAAGAACGGAAAACAAUGAUUUGCUUUCGAAGCCUAAUUCUAACAGACCAUUAACCCACAUUGAUUUGGAAGCCAACAUGGGCUCCUUAGAUAAGCUUGUUGUGACAUGUCAAGGGCAUUACAAUGAUCCUGAUCUUCAUUUCAAGUUACACUGGCUCAUUAAACAACUUUCUACCAUAACAGAAACAGAAACAUUAUCUGUUCAUAAAGUGGAGCCAUGGAACAGCAUCAAGGUGACAUUCAACAUUCCACGCCAUGCUGCCACUCACCUACGUUCACUUGCUCAAAAUGGAGAUCCAUCUCUAAGAAACCUUGGAAUUCUUUCUGUUCAACUGGAAAAUGGAAAUGUUAUUGACUUGAAUACAGGACCGCCACCUCCACCACCACCACCUGCACCAGUUACCCAUCAGCUACAACAACAACAGCCACAACAUGUUCAACAGGCUCAGCAAGCACCGCCACAGCAACAGCAAAUUCAGCAGCAGCAUCAGCAGCAGCAACAGGUACAGCCACAGCAGUUUCAGCAUCCACAAAUCCAGCAGCAGCAGCAACAACAACAAGUAGCACAGGUUCAAUUGAAUCAGAAUGGAGCUUUUCCAUCCAUUCUUGGGCAAAAUCAAGGAAUAGGCAUGAAUGUAAAUGCCUCCCCUCAGGCAAUGGCUUCCAGAAUGGGCAUGACACCUUCUCCUGGACCAAUGGUUAUGCAGGGGAAUUCUGUUGUACCUCCUUCUCAAUCUCCUGUACCUCAGGGCAUGAAUAGAGGAUAUAGUCACAGCACAAACCAAUACCAUCAAAGAGGGGGCUUUCCGCCAAGAGCAAGUACCCCAACAGCUCAGUCAAUGUCUCCCAAUCCAAUGAGUUCAAUGGCAACUUUGGCGCAAGGACAUAACAUACCUCCUAAUACCCAUCUCACCCAAAGCAGUAUGAUGCAGGAUAAUAACCAGCAAGGAAAUAUGUUCCCUUGGGGUCUAACUGGUUUUCCGCAGAGAGGACAGCAACAUCAACAACAGCAGCAACAACAACAGCAACAGCAGCAGUGGAAUCAAAUGCCAUUCCAGCCUCAGCAGACCGCACAGCAGCAGCAACAACAGCAGCAGCAGCAGCAGCAGCACUUGCCAUUUUCCAUGCAUCAAGGAAUGGGCCUUGGAAUGGACAUAACUGCAAAUCAAACCCUACCUAGCUCAAUGGGCAACAUUCAGCAGCCUGGGAUUCCGACACGGCCUCCUCCACCUCCAGCUCAAGUGAAAAAGCCAGCCCCAAAGAAGAAACGCAAGAGCAAGAAAAAGCAGAAUCAUCCUCAAAUUCCACUGCCUCCUCCACUCAUGCCACCAGACCCACAAACUAUGAAUAAUCCCCCUCCGCCCCUUCCAUCUCAAGAUCCGCUUCAGCAAAGUAAGCCAUCCAAUCUAGCUUUGCCACCAAGUCUCAUGAAUAACCCACUCAGUCCAGAUACACCUGUGCAGUCUAGAUUAAUGCAACCUUCUCUGCAAUCAAGUGCAAUGCAUAUAUCAACAUCAAUCUCAACAUCAGCUGGAACAGUUCCAGAAUCUCUUCCCUUUUCUCAAUCGCAAGUAACAACUGCAAUGUCAACAUUCCCUUUCUCUGAUGCUACUGGUUCCAAAUUGUCAAUUCCACAAGGAACAACAAUCCAACAGAGCCAGGCAGGACAGGCUCAGGUUGGACAGUCUGAAUUAUUGUUUACUCAAAACCAGCAACUCCAAUUGCCUUCGUCACAUGGACAGCAAACCCAAGUUACCAACACGCAGCAAAACUUUGUUCCAGGACAUCACUUAUUAGGACAUCAUGGCAAGAAGCCUGCAACUGCCUCUUUGACAAGCCCUUUGCUUGUGAAUCUCCUACAGAGUGAUAUUACGGCCACACAGUUCUCAUUUGCUUCAGAAGAGAUAAAGAAUACUAAUGCUUUAACAGUAACCUCAGGAGGUUCAGCAACUUCAAGAAACGAUCAUACGUUACAGCAGUUGCAGCAACAUUUGCAACAGCAACAAAUUCAACAACAACAAUUACAGCAGCAGGUGCAUCACCAACUUCAACAGCAGCAACAGCAACAACAAUUACAACAAAUCCAGAAUCAGCACCCUCAGUUACAAAACUUGAAUCCUCAGCAACAACAGCAACUACAGCAACUCUUCUCUAAUUCAGGACAACCACAGGCAACCAAUGUUCCUGGUCAAUCACCAUUUCCUCAACAGGCCCAUGCCAAUGUAUCAAACCAGAGUAAUGCCCCCUACUCAAUGUCCUACCCUCAGCCAAUUUUCAGCACACCACCUAUCCAGAUGGGUUCUGCAGGUCCUACAUCUACUAGUAGUUUACCUGUUUCAACAUCAACCGAGAAGAUAACGUUAUCAACCACAGCAGGAUUCCCUGUAUCAUUGCCAAACAAGAUAGGACCUAGUUUACCAAGCUAUCCUCCUGCUAGACCAGAGUUAAGAGCUGUUCCUCGUGGACCAAGUCCUAGAAUGACCAAUCCUGUGCCAUCCUUACACUUUGAUCCAAGUAGGACACAGUCACCACAGGUACCUCCGUCAGUUGCUGCUCUUAUAGCAGGAAGGUCACAAUCCUCAUCUCCUCCAGGAGUAGGACCUAGACAGCAGACACCUCCUAUUGGAGGAAGAAUGGCAUCAGGAUUUUUGCCGACAACCAUCGCAACACCCAAUAUUACUCCGGAUAUUUCCAAAACGACUGCAUUUCAACAUCCAACUCCCAUUACAGUAUCUGGUAGUACAUUAUCUGCAGCAAGCACCACUGCUCCUCCAUCAACUGCAUCACAGGUCCAGAGCACAGCAGGUAGCAUCAUACAGAGCUCUAUUCCCAAACCAGGAAAUGACUCAAUUAAACCAGCUGCUGGAGAGGAAAAGAUGGAAGAAGAUCACUCUUUUGAUGAAGAAUCUGCAAUGGCAUCCAUGACAGAAGCAGAGAGAGAUACGUAUGCAAUGGCAGCAAGGAUUGUUCAAGAAGUGAAAGAAGAAGAGGAGCAAAAGUUCAAAAUGAUUACUCCAACUGUAAAAACAACAGCUCUCUCAAAGAAGAAACAGAAAACUAAAACUCAUCUGCUUUCUCAAGCUUCAGAAAAAAUAACUUCCCCAAUGAGCCCUAAUCCUCCAGCUCCUCCACCUCCUCCAAGUACCAGAGAACUGUUGGGUAACAUCUCUCAUCCCAUUAGUGGAGGACAAGUUCAUAAAGGAGAGACUCAUACUUCUAGUUAUCAAAAUAUUCCCUAUUCCAGAGGAUUCCUUGGAGGAACAAAUUUUCCCCCGAGUGGAGCACCACCAACAAGCAGUACAUCAUCUCAAGGGCUGGUUCAACGAUUUGCAGGAAGCCCCAGAGGCAAUAUGACUGCCCCUCCUCCGCGCAUGGCAGCUCCACCCACAGUCACUUCUACUCAACAAAUUACUGGGCAGAAUGUGAAUGUACCUGUAACAUCCAUGCAUGCUGGUGGGAGCGUGGUAAAUCCGGUCAUUGGGCAAGAGAGUGAUCUGAAUUUUAGUCUGUCUUCUUCAGCCAAAAGUCUACCACAACCUGCAACAAUGACUUUGACAUCCACCCCAGCAUCGACCGAUGGUAUUCAGACAAUCGAUAGAAUGGUAGACUUAAGUAGGCAAAUGGGAUUUGGUUCCAUGAGUGUUGCUGAUCAAGUGCUUGGUGCUCAGUUACAACAGAUGGCGAAAACAGAAUCACUUUCAUUUCCUCCUGGAAAUCAGCUGUACCCUUCUCAGGGUACACCUCAUCAAAUGAAUCCUGCAGUGGCUAGUCCAUCCACAACUCAAAGCAUGUUACCUCCAUCUCAAGCACAAGCACAAUCAGACUUCUCUGGCAAUCAACCUCUCAACUGGCCCCUUGGCUUGCCACCUUCAUCAUCAACAAGUAUGACAUCUGAAGGGCUUCGUUUCAUGGAAAAACUGGCCAAUAAUCCAAGAGAAAGCCAGUUGAUGAGGACAUCAUCAAAUCCUCCUUUGUAUGGCGCACAAGGGAGUGAACCAGGAGGGAUUGAAAAGAAAGAUGAUAAAUCUCAUCUGAAGGCUUUGCUGAGUGAAAUCAAUGUACUCCCUCAAGUACAGAGUGCUGCAACUACAUCAAUAGCUGCACAACAACCUGUAACAUGUGUAACAGCUUAUUCAUCGGUACAAGGGCAGAGCAUGCAGCCUGUAAUCUCAAGGGUAGGAGCCCCCAUGCAAAGACCAACAGAAAGUCAACAUAAAGCUGAGAGCAGAUCUGAAGUUAAACAGUUAUUACAAGAAGACAUAAUGAUGAAUAUUGGACACACAGUAGCACCAACCCAAGUAGAUUCUGCAAAUACCACAGGAAGUGCUGUUGAAGAACCAUCCAUUAGUAGAUCAUGUGAUUUGGGAAGUGUAGUUGUUAAAAAAGAAGGUCAUGAGCAAACUCUCAAACAAGAUGAAAUGCCUAUCCUAAAGCCUUAUGGAGACUUGUCAAGUCAAAUGCAGAAUACCAUACAGAUGCCUAAAUUAGCAGGAACAGGAACAGCAACUGGGUCUUCUGAUCCAAACCAAGCAAUAACACAAGGUGUUCAACAAAUAGCAUCUCAACAAAAUGUGCCUGCAACAAUAUCAGGUUCUAUCCCCUUACAAUCUCCUGUUACCAAUCAGCAAAUGAGGAAAACACCCCCAGCAACAAUUGCAUUGACCCCUUCAGAUAGCCUUCACAUUUCUACUGCUGAGCAGCCAAAAAUGCAGGGGCAAGAUAUUCACCCUGUUCCAGGGGUGUCACCAACCAACCAAAGUGGGCUUCCAACAAUCCCUGGUGUGUCACAUGUGGGAGAUCCUUCUAUGGAACAGGUUUCAAAAGUGCAAUCCUCAGAGGCAAAGUCCCCUGGGGCAUCAGCUGAGCGAAGUGUAAGACGUCAAAGAAGUAUCAGCCCCCAGAGUGAUCGACCCUUCAGCAGUGCAAGCGCAUUAUUGAGUUCUAUUGCAAAGUCUGCCAGUGGUAGAACAGUUUCUGGAAGUACAGAAAAACUCUCUUCCUCAGGAAGCAGCGUAGGAAGUGGUGGUGGGAAACAAUCACCUGUUAUUUCAGAGCCACUCAGUAUUUCUUCAUCUCCAACUCAAGCACCAUCAGUGUCCUCGCCUAUGCCAGUUUUGCAGCCUCAACUUGCUGAAGCUCUUGGAAGUAUACCUGACUCAGCUGACUUAACUAAACUUGCCACAUCUGCCAUUCGUGGUUUGAGUCCACCCCGCAUUCAUGAGGAAGAAAUCAAACCACCCCCUCAACACACAUUGGACUUUCCUGCUCUGAAGCAGCGUAGGAGGCGCUCAUCCAGUGGUAGAUCAUUGACCCCACCUAGAUCAGGAACACCUCCUUCAAGCUACAGACAAGGGAUAAUGGGUAGUUCCACUCUGAUGAGAGGGGGUACACCUCCUGCACAGACUGAUAGGAGACACUCACCUACAGUUUUAGGAGAAGUCAUGGGUGGUCCUGCGCAUGGUAUGAGGUCUUUGAUGCCAGUAUCUCAGAGAAUGAUGUCCCCUGUUAAUGAAUAUGGCCCUUAUGGCGGACAUAUGAUGAAGAAUAUCCAUCAACAUCAUUCAUUUCAAGAACAAUUUGCUGGGCAGAUGCAUGGUUCUUCAAAUCUUCCACCUGGCUUAAUGGAAUUACAAGGACAGCAUCCCAUGUCUCCACAUUUCAUGGGAGGUGGAUUACCUGGAACUAAUGUUCAGCACUCCUCUCAGCCUGUUACAACCUCACUGCAGCAAGGGCAAGCUGCUCCACAUCAGCUUGCAUCAAAUGUGACAGAGCCUGCUACAAUGAUUCAUCCAAGUGUGACCACACAAGGAAUGAUGCAAAGCCACCCUUCAAAUGUACACCAGUCAUAUGCUAGAGGACCUGCAGGCAGUCCGAGAUCAGUCCAGUUCGAUCCAUCGUCAGUACCUCCGGGGGGAUCUCACACUUCACAGCAGCUUCCAGGAAAUAUUGAGAGUGGAGCCAUGCAUUUACAAAGUCAAAAUGAGGCACUGGCAAGUAAAAUCGGUCAACAGCAGAGUGUUAUGCAACAGGACUGGUCCCAGCAAAGUGAUUCCAGUAGAAGCCUUGGUGUUCAAGGCCAACUACCCACACAAAGCCAGGUUCAUAUGCCAAGAUCUUUGCCUGUAGCAAAUUCAACGCUUAUGUCAACUCAAUCAAAUCAGCAAGGACCAGCUAUUAAUGUUGCGCCUGUUGCAACAUCAGGUUCAGCAAUUCAGUCAUCUAUGAAUCCUGUACAAAGUACAGUUCCAGAAGCUGCAGUUACUUCUUCUCAAGUUACUGCAUUUUCUGUGAAAAAUACUAAGAACAUUACAGUACAUCCUUCUGCUUUGCCUCCAAAUCCUAAUGUGUCUUCUGUUCAACAAAACUUUGCAACAGCAAGACAAGAUACCAAACCUUCUAUUCCAAGUAGUACAUCAGCCCCUGCUCAGCAUCAUCAGACUUCAGGAACUCUCAGUUCUGCAAGUACUGUUCUAGAUGCCAUCAACAAAGCCCAGGUCACUCCAGAACUCUUUCCACCAACUUCGCUAACCACAACCACCACCAUAUGUCCUGAAACUCAAGUGACGAGUACACCAAUUUCUGAAGCAGCAAUACAACCUGUGCUUCCAGUGCUACAGUCAGAUGGGCCACCAACCCCUGUCCAUAUGGAAUUAGGAAAGGACCAGCCUGCCAUCACAAAUGUCAGUAAAUGUGAAGAAGAGCCAACUUUACCAGUAUUGACAAGAGAGAUGAGUGACCCUAGUUCCAGUGCUGAUAAAGAGAGCACUCUAUCCAAAGCGCCCACCUCUGUGCAAGGUAGUGGAACCCCUGAAAUACCUACUCUAUCAUCAGAAAGCAAAGACAAAGAUGAUUCAAAGACACCAUUUGACACUCCAAAACAUACAUCCCUUGAGAUGUCUGAGGAAUCUGCCAAAGCACCAGAGAUACAGCUUCCUGGAGCCAAAGAGACAGCAUCAUCCAGUGAGGGUUUACUACUUAAAGAUGUGUCACUUCCAGACCAUGAGGACACGGAUUCUACAAGCUCCCGUUCAGAAACGCCUAAAUCAUACCUGUCUGAACCAACUACCGAGGAUACUUCUCCAAGCAUUAGGACACGUCGGUCUGGUCGCAAGUCUCCAGGGGCGGCCACCACACCAGGUGUAGAAGGUGGUCCAAUGGGAACUAGAACCAGAAGCUCAAGUGGAUCUUUAGUUUCUCCUUCUGAUAAAGAUGGUGAUGGGAUGUCUGAUCAGGAUGGUGUGACUACACGGAAAAGGAGUAUGAGACACAAUGCAAAGGCGGAGAUGUACUAUGGGCCUAUCCCUGCUUACAAGAGAAGAAAGACCAAUCAGAAAUGAAUACAAGUUUCAAGAUGAGGCUGAAUUAGCUGAGGAUUCAGAACGUUCACACCUUUUCCACAAUACAGUUUUAAAGACUUAAUUCAUUCACAUCCCUUAGAAAUGCAUUUUGAUUUUAUAGCACACCUUUUGUGGGUUGUAAGACUUCAUUUUUGUGAAACCAGUCCCAAGGUGUUUUUGUGAGGAUGAAGUGCAGAGGUCAAGGCACUUUUAGCUGAUGUGGAAUCUUUUCAAAAGAAAUUUCCCGCAAAUGUGAUGGAUUGAAUUUGAGAUGCAAAGUUACGAUAUUGCCUAAAAGCUUAUCUAGACAAUUAAUUAGAAUAUUAUGAAACUGCAGGGGUGGCACCAGUGGUGACGGGCAACCACCCCCCCCCCCAUGAUUUUUCAAGUAGUAAAAAAAAAAAUCUUAUAAAAAAAAGAGUGGAAGAAGUAAGCAGAAUAUACAGGUCCGGGCCAUGUAACUCUAAUUUUGAGGGCAUCUUACCUCCUCCCCUCUCAUCAAAACAUCCUGGCACUGCCCCUGUGUAAGUUAUUAUGAUUUGCUACUUACAUGUACCAUGGCAAAGUAAAUAGAUGGUCUUGAAUUAAUGAUGGCAAACUUACAUGUAUCUUAAUAACCAUAUACUGGUAUAUGAUAAAGCAUGAUACAUGUACAUCAUGGUCAAUAUCAUUUGGGCGUUAGUGUAUGGGAAACUUUCAUCAGAGAAUUUGUUUCCAUUUGGAAGUUUAUCUGCCCAGAGGACCAUAGCUAUGCAUGGUUUUAUGUAUGACUUGUGACCCUCUCUUAUACUGGAUGCCAUAUCAGGGAAUAAUUUUGCUUUAUAAAUUUGAAUAGCAUUUUUGGUCAUAAAUGAAACACUCUCAACUAAGCAAUGUACAGUCCUAUGUAAAAAUAUGUUAUACAAAAGACUUUAUGCAUAGCAGUCUUUCAAAAAUGUGGAGCAAAUUGUGAUGCGAUACCAGGAAAAUGAUUCCCUGUAAGUUCAUACAUCGCUGACUUUCAUGAACGGCUUGAUUUACAUUUCCCAUGACAGAAAACACAUGUUAUGCACUGUACAAUGUAUAUACCACACAUCAUAUCAGUCUUCAAGAGACUGAGGAUGAGGUGAUGAAUGUCUUUCACUUGGACAGCUACUUCAGCUGACACACCUCUUAUGUAAUGUUAUUGCACUUAUUUUCAGCUUUUUUUAUUCAAAAUUCUGGUGUCAGAAAAUUGCAACACUUUUUCCAUGAAAGCUGGAUGUUCCCCAAAUCAAAGCACGUCAUGAAAGUCAUGAAAGUCCCAACUAAUGAGACAUUGGUUGAUAUCAUUUUUUUUUUUUGGUUCUGGUGUUGGCAUUGGCAGCAUAGUUCAGAUUGCUUUCCUUUGCUUUUAUGCCUAAUGAUAGUGUACAGAAAUGGUCCAAAUUACAUGAGCUCAAUAUCUUGAGGUUUUUUCCAAGACCGGCUUCAUUUCAAAUUUUGUGCAGUGCUGAAAAUUUAUCACAACACCAACACUGAAAGGUCGACACCAAACGUUGUACGGCCUUUGUAUACUGAAAAAACUGUCUUAAGUCUUGGGAUUUAAGAUACUGUAUUGGAAAUUGAUAAGAGGUUGAAUUAAAUCUCUUCUUUGGACCACAAAUAUCUGUUCAACUUCAAGGGGGAAAGCUGAACAUUUGAAUAGGCUAUUAUUUGUCUUAUCAAUGGAUGAUGUAAAAGAAGCGGUGACAUUGUUGUAUUUGAUUAUUUUUUUAUCACCUUGAUGAAAGUUAUUCUUAUUGCAUCAGAAAUAGCCCCUGUAUUAAGACUAUUGGAUUUCAGAAUUCAUGUGUCAAAUUAUAAAAUAACAUGAUUUGCAUGCCCUUGUGAUUUGCUAUUAAAUGUAUACCCAAAACUUGGUCCAAUUAUUUUUUAAAUGUGUACAGGCAGUGUUAAUAGCUCCAUGUUUAUACAUACAAAUAGACUAUUUGGAUUUCUUGACCAAAUCCGUUUCUAGACAUUGUUAACAAAAUGGUGCCAAGUAGUAACAGGGAUAUUGAAACUUAUCAUCCCCCAUUGUAGAAUUGGUUAAUAAUUUUGUCGGCGGUCGUCCAAACCGUCGUAUCACACAUAUGACGGUGCAAACCCAUUUCAGAGAAAAUCGACUUCAAAGUUUACUAUAAUUUUGGAAAGACCAAGACAAUUGCUUGACAUUGCUAUCCUUAUUUUUACAUAAAACCAAUGAUCUGAGAAAAUAUCACAAAAGAGCUACAUGCUUGUAAUUUUGGUUUGAGCAGCUUAGAUUUUCCCUGUACAAAAGCGUCAUAGGGAAAAAGCGAUCAGUCAAAACGCUUUUUGACUGAAAUCGCGAUCAGUCAAAACGUAUCACUCUGUUGCUCUGAUACAGUACACAUUUCCAAUGGGAUUUGCGCAUUUGCAAAUUCCCUCAUAUCUCAGAAACUAAAAUUACUGCCUAGAAAUUUAGUUAUGAAUUAGAAUAGAAUAGGACUUGUACUUUCCAUUUUCUGCAAAAAUCCCAAAAUCAAUUUUUUUUUUAACCAAAAUUGACUGAUACGAUGGUUAGGAUGAACGCUGAUGGUUUGUAUCCAUUUAUAUGUUUAUGGUAUUCUUAAGUCUGUAUACUUACAUAACUAGAAUGGAUAUAAAAUCCUUAUGAAUCUAUUUUUAUUUGUGCAUACAUAAUGUUUGAUAACAUAUCAGAUUGUGAAGAGAAAGAGAUAGAAUGCCUACAAAGGUGUAUUGUAAAUAUUUUGUGUUGGCCAUGAAAUCAUGAAAUUCUGAUUCGAAUGCUAGAUAAGCAAAUAGAAUAUUAAAUCAUUUUUGCAUUUGUUUUCAUUUUGUAUUAUUGAGUUUUUUUUAUCCAACAAAACAGUAAUAAAAUGGGCUCAAUGAAUAGGGAAGGUUGAUAAAGCUUUUGAAUUAAAGGAAUCAUGAAACUUUCUUGUCAAAAAAAAAGGAGAAGAAAAUUGAGAAGAGUAUUCAAAGGAAGAAAAUCAAGCUAAAAUUUAGUAGAAUAUAAUUGAUAUAUGUAUGUAUUAUUAUAUGUGUGGUCUUUCUAGAUUUGAAUGUUUUUUGUUUCAUGCUAUGUCCUCACUGAAAUGUUAUUUUCUCUUUAAUAAUACAUUGAUAUUAUUAUUAUAAUUAGCACAGUGUUUUAUAUUUGUGGUGCAUGUUAAUAAUCUGUGAAUUGUAUUUGCCAUUUAAAUCAUUCACUCUGUAAAGAGUGAAAAGAUUAUUAUUCGUAAGGAAGCACAAAAAGUGCUAGUUAUUUUGUCAAUGUGAAAUAUUUUUUUUCAAUAAAAUGUUUCUAUAAAAGUAUGAAA